UUCUUUGGCUGUCCAACAUGGCGUCGUAGAGACAUUGUUAUUGUCAAAUUGCAGGUUAGAUCUCUUGAUGGGCGGUUUUCCCAGCUAUAUCAACUAAAACAAUCGCGUUUUAGAUCCGUCUUGGCCCUGCGGGUAUGAGACAGGUCUGUGGGAACGAUGUUGCGCUCCACCGGUUUCUUCCGUGGGAUUGACUGCCCAUUUUACAGCGAAUAUUGUAAGGGGAAAAGCGACAAAGAUGAAUGUAAAAGACCAUACUGUCACUUUAGACACAGUAAACAAAGACGAGCGUCGAAUGCAGCAAGUGACGCUAGAAAACCAGAAGAACUUAACGCCAAACACAAAGAACAAGGCUACGACCCGUUAAACCCGGACGUGGUAAGGCCCAAAGACCAAGGGAAUGGAGAUUCCGGGACCGCAUCAGCGGACCUGGGUGUCCUUGAGUUGGAACUGGUCAACCGGGCCAUCGCGGAGGUCCGCAACGAGGUGGAGAGGGAGAAGAGGAAACUGUCCCGCAUUGGCGAUGAGGAGUACAUCCCCACCGCCAGCUCAGCUAAAGGAGCUAAAAGGUCGAAGACUGUGUCUGAGGAAUAUGAUCCCACCUCCAGCCCAGCUAAAGGAGCUAAAAGGUCGAAGACUGUGUCUGAGGAAUAUGAACCCAGCCCAGCUAAAGGAGCUAAAAAGUCGAAGACUGUGUCUGAGGAAUAUGAACCCACCUCUAGCUCAGCUAAAGGAGCUAAUAGGUCAAGGACUGUGUCUGAGGAAUAUGAACCCAGCCCAGCUAAAGGAGCUAAAAGGUCGAAGACUGUGUCUGAGGAAUAUGAACCCAGCUCAACUAAAGGAGCUAAUAGGUCGAAGACUGUGUCUGAGGAAUAUGAACCCAGCUCAACUAAAGGAGCUAAUAGGUCAAGGACUUUGUCUGAGGAAUACGAACCCACUGUCACGUCCCUCAAAGCGGGAGCCAAACGUACAAAGACGAUACCUGAGGAAUAUGACCCGACCACCAGUUUGUCGCGGGCAGGAUCGAGAAAGCCAAAGACUUCCCACUUGGCGUACGACCCAGACAGCUAUCAGAUCAACUCCACGGCAGAUUAUAACCCCACGCCUUGCGCCAGCAAGUACACCCUAGACUCAGACAGCCAGGACAACCGGGCCAGUUCUCUAGAAUACGUACCCACUUCCGUUUGUAAAGCAUCCGUGAAGAAGCCCUCGCCUCGGGUUCAGACGCCCCAGCUGCCCUCCCCACCUCCCAGCCCCAAGUCCUUCAACGCCCCCUCGUCUAAAUCCAAGUACAGUUUGGACCACUCGAAACCAUCCACAGACCUGGAGUACGACCCUCUCUCCAACUAUUCGGCCAAACUGGCCGGGAAGAACAAGAAGGAGGAUGCCUCCAAGGGGGAGGGAAACAGGAAGCCCAAGCUGUCAGGGGACGAGGAGUACGUGCCGACGGCCAUGAGGGCGCUCCGGCCGAGUGCCGACGUGCAGAAAUACACGCUCAGCCUUUCCGAGUCCGACGGCGAGGCCUCGGGGACGGAGUACCGUCCCACGUCGCUCAGCCGCCUGCAGCGGAGGAGGAGCAGCACCGGGGCGGCUGACGACCUUGGGGCGGCCGGGCUGAGGGACUGGGCGAGGGACACGCCGGGCGGGUCGAAGCCGAGGAGCCUGGAGCCGCCUGGGGGGAAAGAGGACACGGAACCUGGGUUGCCAGACAACUGCAAGAACCAGGAGAUUGGUCGACGCAAACACAAAACCGAGGACGAUAAAGUAGCUAGUAAAUCUAGCAACGCGAAGAGCGGUAAAACGGAGAAGGUGCUUAAGGCGGACAGGGACACGGGUAAAAAGAGUAGUGGUGGUAAUAGGGAGAAGGGAACUGGGGACAAGGGCGACGGGAGGAAAACCAACGUGUCGAAGAAACCGAGUCAGCAGGGUUCGAAGAGAGACGGCAGGAGCGAGGGUAGGAAAGAGGGCGAGAAGAGCAAGCCGAGAGAGAAGUCCGUCAACAAAUGUGGAAGAGACGAGAAGAGGAACGACGGCGGGGGCAGGAAGACGGAGAAGGCCAAGAGCGACUCGAGUCGGAGAGAGAAGGAGAGAGCGAAAGCAGGGGACUGUAAGAAAGUCAAGACUUUGGACAGGGAAAGGGACCCCCACAAGCACAAGGAGCCCAGGAACGGCCAGCUGGACGGCGGUAGGAAAGAGAAAGAGGUGAAGAAGGGCAGCAAGGGGGCCGCUUCCGGCGGCGGCAACCGCGGGAUGCCCUCCAGUGACGAGGCGAGGAAGAGCAACCGCGCCGGCGACCGGAGAGCGGGCAAGGUGAAACGGAGGUCUCUCAGCCACGCCGACCUGUUCGGGGCCGAGAGCGCGGAGGAGAGCGAGGAAGAGGACGACGAUGAGGAGGAGGAGGGGGAGAAGCUGGUGAGGCGGUCGGCUGCCGCCAUCAAGAGGGGAGGAGCCAACAGGAGGAAGGCCUCCGAGCUCACGCCUUCGUCCUCCGAGGACGAGGACGGCGGCGUGGAGGACGAGCGGGCGGACGAGGACUUCCCCUCCAGCGUUGACUUCUCCACCCUGCAGGUGGACCUGGACUUUGACUCGGACCCCAUGGAGGAGUGCCUCCGGAUCUUCAACGAGUCCAAGCACGUGAAGACGGAGGAUAAGGGACGGCAAGCCAAGCAGCCCUCUAAAGAUUCAGAGGACGAGGAGGACACGGAAAGCACGCUAACCACUCUCUUCCCCGGGCAGAAGAAGAGGGUCUCUCACUUCUCAGCCAAAGGCAACACGGACGCGGCCCCCAAGCCAGCACCCUACAGGAGACUGACGGCACAGGAGAUCUGUUACCGCCGCAUGCAGAUAGCUCAGCAGCAGGCUGUCCAGCUGGCUGCCGCUGUGAAGACAGCCUCUGCCAGCCCCAGCCUCAGCCCCAGCCUCAGCCCCAGCCUCAGCCCCAGCCUCAACCGCAGCCCCAAACCCAGCUUUCCAGGAGAGAGGAAGAGGGUAGCCCAUCGCCCCAGCCCGCUUACGUCUUCAUCCAAGCCUAGUGCUGUGGAGGCCAAGCCCGCUGGCAACCGGGUGCUGUCGCCCGCCAGGACCCUCCCCGGGCACCUCUCUGUGAAGGCCCACACCUCGGCGGGCAUCCUGUCCAAAACCACCACCACGUUUGGCCAGAAGAGGGUGGCGCACACCCCCACGAUGAAGAGCACUGCGAUGAAGCGUCCGGUCAUUCCCACCGAGUUUGGGGCUCGGGUGCCCACCAACGUCCGCCAGAGAUACCUCAACACCUUCAUCGACGAAUGCGUGAAGUUCUGCCCCACGGAAGAUCUAGCCUUCCAGAUGGCUCUGGACGAGGAGAAGGUGGUGUACGAGCGGAGCAGCAGCAAGAACAUCUACCUCAACGUGGCGGUGAACACGCUGAAGAAACUACGCAGCAACAUCACCACGCCCUCCUCGCCCGCCCCCAAGAGCCCUGCGGUCAGGGUGGGGGGGAACAGGAAGGCCCUGUCGCAUGAGGAGUUGUUGGGGGGCCGCCUGGCAGCUAAGACCAGCUACACCCUCAACAGGACAGGCAGACAGCAGGAGGAGAAACUGAUGGGCGCCGCCCUGUACAGGAAGCUGAGGGAGUACCUGAUGACGGAGGAGCAGCUGCAGGAACACAGCUACCCCCGGCCCCACCCCGAGGGCUCGGGCCGCGCCCUCGUCCACAACGUGCCAGAGAAGAAGAACACAGACCCCUUCUCCAAGGUGUGCUGCAGGUGUGGGGCGGAGUAUAAAUUGAACGUCAACGGGUCCUGUGUUCGUAAGGAGGAGUGCCAUCACCACUGGGGCCGUCUGCGGAGACAUAAAGUGUCAGGAGGAUGGGAGACUAACUACAACUGCUGCUCAGGGGCUGUAGGUGCUACAGGCUGCCAGGUCGCAAAGCAACACGUGCAAGACGGACGCAAAGAAUCGCUGGACGGCUACGUGACGACCUUCGACAAGUCCCUGCCUCCGGACGGGAACGGCGGGGUCUUCGCCUUGGACUGUGAGAUGUGUUACACAGUGCUGGGCCUGGAGCUGACCAGAGUGACGGUCAUCAACUCUGAGCUGAAGGUGAUCUACGACACGUUCGUCAAACCUGAGAGCAGAGUGGUGGACUACAACACACGGUUCUCGGGCGUGACGGAGGAGGAUCUGGAGAACGCCACCAUCACGCUGCGGGACGUGCAGGCGGUGCUGCUCAGCAUGUUCAGCUCCGAGUCCAUCCUCAUCGGCCACAGUCUGGAGAGCGACCUGUUUGCCCUCAAGCUCAUCCACAGCACCGUGGUGGACACGGCCAUCGUGUUCCCUCACCGCCUGGGACUCCCCUACAAACGAGCCCUGAGGAACCUCAUGGCCGACCACCUCAAACGCAUCAUCCAGGACAGCGUGGGGGGUCACGACUCCAGCGAAGACGCCCGGGCCUGCAUGGAGCUGAUGACCUGGAAGAUCAAGGAGGACGCCAAGGUGAAGAGAUGACCUCUGACCUCAUGACCCCAACCCCCCCACAGAUAGAGCACCUGUGUUCCUCUGGACCGGGAGGACCACAGUGAGACCGGGAAGAAGGGAAGCCGAAUGGGGCAUCUCUUAAGGGUCCUGCUAGGAGGACCUUCCCAGACUAUAACAGGGUUCUACCGACUGCAAAAGAACAGGAGGCUGUUUCGGAGGCAGCAAGAGAUUAACAGUGUUUUGUUUCUUUUUUAUUUACCAUAGUAUUUCAUUUACGAAGCGUAUAGCAAUUGUUUUUCCAUGUUUUCUUCUUUUUUUUCUUCACUAGCAACAAUGUUUAUGUCUGGACCUUAUAGGAUCACGAAUAAACCUUUUUCUGUAACAGGAAGAGGAGGACACUUGCUAGGGCCCUGUUCUGUUCCAUGUUAUGGUGAGACCACCACAUUGCUGCUCGGACGCUUUCACAGCCCUACUUGCACUUUUUUUUAAUCUAUUGUCUCUGGGCUGAUUCCACAUGACCUCACCUGUAGGGUGAAUGCAGUAGAAAAGGACAUUUUGAAAGACUUGGUUCCAACGUGCCGUGUGGCAACGUUGUAUAGUAGUGGGUGUUGAGCCAUGAAUGUUUCUACCUUGAAAAAACACUUGAUCCAUAAUACCGUACUUAGGGUUCGUAUCUAGAACCCAAACAUUUGUGUACCCUUACCAGAAUUUCACAGUCGAUAAUGGGUGUGAGCGAGAUUUUGUAUGAUGAAAGUUGAGUUAAGUUUCUGAAAGCACAUGAUAACUGAGGGGUGUAGAAACAGGAUCAAUAGAUGAUUUCUAACAUCAACUAGCUACCUUCUGACUGCACUAGCCUAACAAUCUAUUUAUGUGAAAUACAUUUAGGUUUUUCAUUUAGCUGGAUGAUUUAGCCAUCCUGCUUAAUGAAAUACUGUCAUUUCAGUGUGAUGGACGAGUUCACUGUGUUGUGUCCAGACAGAUCAUGGCUCUCAAUCCUCUUACUCUCUGUAUCCUUAAUGUGCCCUGCAUGGAAGUAAAAUCACGCAAAUGUUGUAUUCACACUAACAGUAUGUAUUACUCCCGCACUAUAAACGAAAAGGCAAAAAACAGUAAUUGAUAAGGCCUAGUUAUUUAAAUCAUACAGUCAGCAUAUAUGUAUAUGCUCUACCUUAUGUCGGUUUGCGUUUGAUACUUGAUGGUUAAAAAAAACUUGAGGUGUACAAAGGUUGCUAGUUGUCCUUUUUGUAUCGUUUUUUUGGUUGUGUGUUUUUUGCUAAUAAAACAUUUAAACUUU